AUGUCGUCCAAGCAGCGAGGGACGAAACGCGCCGCUGAGGCGCCAGCCUCGGGACCCAAGAACAAGAGCUUCAAGCCUUCUGGAGGCAAGGAUUUCCGUGGCAAGCCGGGCACAAAGCCUGCUGGCAAGUUUGGCAAGCCGGAUGGCAAGUUUGGCAAGCCCGCCGGCAAGUUUGACAAGCCCGCUGGCAAGUUUGGCAAGCCCGCAGGCAGGUUUGACAAGCCUGGCCAGCCGAACAAGUUUGGCAAGCCCGCCGGCAAGCCGGCCAAGAAGGAGGACGAGCCGGCACGCCGUAAGCGCCCGGUAACGCAGGGCGGUGGUGACGAGGACGUCGACAUGUCCGGCGACGAGGGCGACGACUUUGAGGAGCAGGGUGAGGGCGAGGUUGAGGGCGAGGGCGAGGGCGAGGGCGAGGCUGUACCGGAGGAGAAGCGUGGCAAGAUGAGCAAGACCGAGCGUGCGGCACUUCACGCCGCCCAGCCGCACCGCAAGACUCUACUUCCGUCGCACGCUCUCCUCACCGAGACCCUCCUUCCGCUAUGGGAGACUGCGCGGCGUCUCGAAAUGCCCAAGGACGAACGGACGGCUGCGAUCACAGCCUUGUGGGAAGCGGUACAGGGCCACGCGCUCGAGAUCUCGCGCGGCCACAAGGGCGGUCGUAUCCUCCAGACCAUUGUCAAAUAUGGUGGUAAGGAGGAGAGACUUGGCGUCGCUAUGGAGUUGCAGCCCAAGUGGAGGGAGAUGAUGGAGUCCAAGUACUCCAAGUUUUUGAUGGGCAAACUUAUUCGCUACUGCCCGUCUAUCCGCCCGCUUCUCGUUCCGGUCAUUGCCAAGAAUCUCGGUAGUCUGCUCUCCCACGCCGACGCGGUACAGCCCAUCUCGGACUUUUACGACCUGUGGGCGUCGGCAAAGGAACGGCGUGGUCUGGUUCGCGGCUUCUAUCCCCGCGAAGUGGAGCUCUUUGAUGGUGGAAAGGAAGGCGAUUUCCCCGGUCUCGAGGGCGCCCUCGAAACCACCGGCGAGAGUGGACGUCUUCGUGUUCUCGAAGGAAUCGAGAAGGUGGUCACUGAAAUCUUUAAUGCAACACAGAAAACCGCCCUCGCUCAACCCAUCUUCCACCGCCUCGUAUCGGAAUACCUCACUUGCAUCUACCGGUUCCUCCCCGCCGAAGACGCUGGCAAGAAGAUGCACGAGCUCCUCGACGUUGCUCUCGAAAGUCUCCCUGAAAUCGUUCACACCAAGGACGGGAGCGCGGUCGUGCGUGACCUCCUCGUCCGCGGAAAUACAAAGGACCGUAAAUCCAUUCUCCAGCAUUUGAGGAAGCACGUUUCGGCAAUUGCAAAGGACGCCGACGCCCAGCUUGUCCUCUUCACGGCAUUCGACGUGGUCGACGACACGAAACUCAUGUCCAAAGCCUUCGUCUCGGAUGUCGUUGGUCUGGCCCACGAGUUGGCCCAGGACAAGAACGGACGCAGGGCUGUCCUCUAUCUCGUCGUCCCCACUGCGUCGAGGCACUUCCUCCCGUCGACUCUGGCGAGUCUUGCCACCGCAGCCCAAACCGCCAAGGACAUCGGCACGUCCAAGAAGGACCCGGUUGUGCGCCGGCGCGAAAUCCUCUCCGCCGCCUCGCCCGGUCUCCUCACCCUGGUCGCUGACAAGGCGGAGGAGAUGGUGCGUGACCCCGGCUCUGGGCUUCUUGUUACCGAAAUCCUCCUGCACACUUCAGGCGACAAGAGCGCGGCCAUCGAGGCUCUCACCGCACCCCUCGCGACUCCUUAUGGUGACGAACACGUCCUCCACCUCCCCCACGCCACGCGGACAUACAAGACUCUCCUGUCUGGCGGCCACUUUUCGCAGGCCACAAAGGCCAUCGACGUCGUCGCUCCCGAGCUUGGGUCGGCAAUGGGCGUGUCGAUGUGGCGCGCAAUCUCACAGCACGAGGGUAACGCCAUCCAGGUCGCUGCUGGCGCGCCGUUUGUCAUGGUCGAGCUCCUCGCUGCAAUCCAGGGAUCCGAGGUGGCGGAUGAGGCCAAGGCCACCCUUACGAGUGCCGAGGCGAUUGAGGCGGUCGAGGCCAGUGAGAUGAAGGGCGCUAAUGUGCUCCUGGAGCGGAUUCAGGCGCUGUAG